AUGUUGCAGAAAGCUGCUUUGCGUUCUGCAAAUCUACAGCAGGGUGAGUUGAAGAGUAAGCCGACAGCAUGUGCGAAAUGCCAUGCACGCAAGGUCAAGUGCUCAGGUGGUCAGCCAUGUUCGAAUUGCAUGCAGUCCGGGUGUGAGAAUGAGUGCACAUAUCCCAAGCGAGAUCGCCAACUUCGAGUCAGCCAAAACUAUCUCGAAGAACUGCUCGCCGAGAACGAAAGACUCCGCCGCCUCGACCGGAACGCCCAGCCGUCGAAAAGCGGAUCAACUUCCCCAAGCGCCGCCCGCGCCACCCCGGCGAACGCGGACGACAAUGAUGGGCCGACCAGGAACCCUCUUUUUGGAGACCGCCCGUGGUUCCAUGAUACGCCCGGAGCGCCGAUUUUGAUCGGUGAAGCUGCGGAUGCUGCUUUUGCCACUCGCUUCAGCCAAGCCUUGUCGGACAAUUCGUUCCCGCACAUCCAGAGAAUCUCUUUUCCUACCGAUAAUGCCUUGCUUGGCCUGGGCGUCUCUGCGUGUCCGCCGCCCUCCCGUGGUAAAGCACGGUUCCUGAUGAAGGCCGCCCUCCGCAUCGUCUCUCGGCAUUAUCAUGUAGUACUGAAGAGUGUCGUCCUAGGGCACCUUGAAAAGUUUCUCCACCAUCCUUCGAGUUUGGAUCUGCUCUUGAGUUCAAAGAUUUGGGCUCUGCUGGCAUUGGGUGAAGUAUACACGGCUCGGUCGGGCACUCUGGACAACUUUCCCGGGCUGCAGUACUUUGCGCAGGCUAGUAGAGCCCUCCAGGUCGUCCAGGAGCGGCCAAGCCUCGAUUCGAUAGAGGUUUUACUUCUGCUGUCUCUCUAUAAUCUAGUUUGCAAUCGGCGCCAUUCAGCAUACUGCCUCGCAGGCUCAGCCGUUCGCCAGGGCGUCAUAAUGGGUAUAUACCUAAACGUCCCCGAAUCACAGCUAGCCGAUCGAGUUAUGCGGGAACACAGAAACCGAGUAUGGUGGACAGCAUACGAGUUUGACAGGCUUCUUGCCGUACGACUCAGCCAGCCGUUCUCCAUCCAAGAUGACGAAAUCCAGGUCGACCUUCCAGCUGACUUUGACCUACCCAACACGGCUCAAGGUGAUUUUGCACCUGCAGGCGACCUCGUGAAUAGAAUCAAACUGAUGAAGUUGACCUCGCAAAUCACUAAACUCUUGUACGGCAGGAAGGCCGAGAACGAGUCUUUUUUGCAUCGUGUUCAGCAAGCCUUGAAAGACCUCCAGGACUGGUUCCAAAGCGUGAAAGGUACUUUGAACGACGACGAGCAGCACUUAUCGAGGGCAGCAGCCGGGCCUAAACGCUCAUUACUUUUGUCCUUUAACCAGUGUAUGAUUGUGGCCACUCGACCAAUCGCCCUUUACAUGCUUCGCGCGCAGCAAAACCGAUGGUCAUCAGACGUGGCGCAGCCAAGCCCAGAAAUACCCGACAACGUCCAGGCUCUGACAGAAGCAUGCACGCAGUGUGCGCGGCAUUCGUACUCUUUGCUCGCCGAGUCGUGGGUGGACGGGUCAUUCCUCACCAUGGACUACUUUGACACAUUAUACCUCUUCUCGGCAGCAACCAUCUUGGCCGUAUCGAGCAUGCUCAAUACACCAGGAUCAUCCAAGGACCGCGAUGACUUUGAGUUUUCUCUACAACUGCUACUGAAGCUCAAGAGCAACGGCAAUUGUGCGGCCGUGGAGUUUUCCCAGCACCUCGAGUCAAUGAAGACCUGGAUGGCGAGACAGAUGCCCGCACAAAGCGACGUUGGCAGCGGCCUAGAUAUCGCUGUCACGGGUCUCGGUGAUGCUGGCAUGGGCUUCUCGUCUGGGAGCACGCCGUAUAACAUGACGGCCGGCAUGGCGCUGGCGGAACCGUCAAUGCAAGCUUUCCUUGCGCAGAGCGAUCCUAAUUUUCAGCAAAUCGACCUGUCGAUCCUGCAGCACGAACCAGAAGGUUUCUACUGGCCCGAGGGGUAA